CUCCGCCCCUGGCCGCACACCCCUGCUCUCCGAUUUCAUUUCAAUUUUUGCCUACUCCUCUCCCACGCAUCAUCCACACCUGGACUCCACGAUGGCGGCAAUCCGAAGCGCACCCAUCUCCGCUGCCGCAAUCGUUGCGCCGCGCGGCUUUGGCAGGCGCCGUCGCCUUGUCCCCUGCCUUGCGGCGCCUGCAGGAGGCGCAUCAGGAGUCACCGCCUCCGCUUCCCGGAAGAUGCUCCCGCGCUCUGCUCUGCACGCCAGCGCCUCCACCACCGGGGCGCCCGACCGCGACGAGGCCGCUGCGGAAUCUUUGGUGAGAGCGGAGCUGAGCAAACUCGCCUGCCCAAUCUGCUAUUACCCGCUCGUAAGCUCGAUAGAUCACCGGUCGCCGCCAUCCGAAUCCGAUUCUAGCCUUGAAUGCCCUACUUGCAAGAAGUUGUACUCUAAGGAUGAUUACUGGGAUCUGACUGUGGCAGUUGGUUCUACCGAGUACUCCGAGACCAUGCCUGCUGCAACUGAGCUUUUCAGGACCCAACUGGUAUCAUUUCUUUAUGAGAGAGGAUGGCGCCAAAAUUUCAUAUGGGGUGGUUUCCCAGGCUUAGAGAAAGAGUUUGAGAUGGCUAAAGAUUAUUUGAAGCCAACAAGUGGAGGGAUUAUAAUUGACGCAAGCUGUGGAAGUGGGUUAUUUUCAAGAUUAUUUGUUAAAAGCGGACUAUAUUGCCUUGUUGUGGCACUGGAUUUCUCCGAGAAUAUGUUGAAGCAAUGCAAGGAAUUCAUCAAGCAGGAAAACAUCUCAGACGAGCGAUUAGUAUUGGUGAGAGCUGAUAUAUCCAGACUCCCUUUUGUGAGUGGCUCAAUUGAUGCUCUGCAUGCAGGUGCUGCAAUUCACUGUUGGCCAUCCCCAGCUUGUGCUAUUGCAGAGAUCAGUCGAGUCCUUCGCCCUGGGGGUAUUUUUGUCGGUUCUACUUUCAUAGCAGAUGUUCUUCCGCCAGUUAUCCCAUUACUGAGGAUUGGACGCCCGUACAUUGAUCAAAUCACAGGCAACAAUACCUUCUUAUCAGAGCUGGAGCUUGAAGAUCUUUGUAGAGCAUGUGGGCUGGUUAAUUUUACAUUUGUCAGAAAUGGAUUCUAUAUAAUGUUCUCUGCUACUAAAGCAAGCUAGUUAAAUAACUGCAGAGUCACCUGAAACAUUAUCGCAUAGCUCCUUGAUUAUGCAUUGUUCCUUAUGAGCCACCCUUUCUGUCAGCACCGAUAGUUUUGGUCAAGGUAUGUGUGAUGUGAAUAGUGAAAGCGUACAUUUUACUUCACUGGCGUCAUAGUGAGAUUGAUCAUAGGAAUUAUUUAUGUAAAAGUUCAAGAAAAGAUCUUCAUGUAAAGCAGUGGAGGUCCUUAACCUGUAAAUUUUGUGCGCUCUUGUAUUGAUUUGAUUCAAGAGCAUUGAUCGCCGGGCACUGA